AUGCAGCCACCAGCUACGGGCAUCUCCGUGCCUACCACCACUACUGUGAUCCAUGCGCAGAAUGGGUGCUGCACCGUACCCCCAAAUGUCAGCGGACACGUGCGCGGGGUGAGUCAAAGUGAAAGGUUAUGUGGUUUGGUAGCGGUUUGUGUCGCACCACGAUGAUGGUUGUGCGUUCGAAAUAUUGACCGAACGAAGUGUUAUGCUUUGCAGAGGCAGAAAGUUGGGGUACGGCCUGUUACUGCUCUUCUUUCAAUUCCAUCGUCAGUCGGUCGUGCUUAGACUGUAUCUUGUUUUGGUCGCGAUAGAGGUGCAUGACGAGGUGCGCGCGGGCUAGAGAGGACAGAAACCUACAGAGAGGUUGGGCAGAUGGCUCCGCGGCCCUCUGCAUCAAUGCGUUCGACAAAGCUCGCAGCUUGCGAUCCCCUUCAUCAACUGACACCAGAAUUCUGUACAACAGCAGUAGCCUCACGUAUGAAUAGCCGCAAAUCCUCGAUAUGCCAAGCUGUGUAAACUUUGCUGCUGCUGCAGGUCACGUCGGGUCGCUUUUGUUGAGUACGCCAUCGUUUGUCCAUCCUGACAUGAUGAAUAUCAAAUGUUGAUGCAUCGCUCGGCGCCAGCUAGCUUGGCGCCAGCAUUUUUUUUCCCCUCUCUUUCGGGAUAUUUUUCGAGCAUGUUAUUUCUCCGAUGUAUUUCCAUUUUGCUCUUCGUUUUACCGUGCAACGACUUUAUUAACAAGCAGACUGGCCGUUCGUGCACCGACCGUUCAAUUGAUCUCAGUGCAACCUCAGACAAGCAUCGCAGGCACGCCCGUUCUACACCUCAAACGCUCGCCGUACCGUGUAGUCUACUGCUGAUGCAUAGACUAGUACCGCCGAUCAAACCGACAAUCGAAUGAUUCCGAGAUGCCUAUGGUCACUCGUAUAUUCCGACGUGUUGGAUAAACCGGG